AUGGGUGACGACUACUUAAGCAAGCCCCUAUCUUUCGGUGCACCACCAGCGCCUGGAAUUGCCGCGAGCCCACAAUUGCAACCGCUCUCGCCGUACUUGAACUAUGACGCCCGAUACUUGCAAGCCCAGCCCGAAUUCAUUUUUCCCGAAGGAGCUUCUAAACAGCGCGGAAGAUUCGAACUCGCUUUCUCUCAAAUAGGAUCAUCUGCAAUGAUAGGCGCGUGCAUUGGAGGAGUAGGUGGAUUGUACAAUGGCAUCAAUGCAACACGUGUAGCUAAUCAAACCGGAAAGCUGCGUCGAACACAGUUAUUGAACCACGUAAUGAAACAAGGGGCAGCGACCGCUAACACUUUUGGCACUAUUGCGGUCAUGUAUUCAGCCUUUGGCGUCGUUUUGCAAUAUGCUCGGGGCGAAGAUGAUGAAAUCAACACAAUCGCAGCUGGUGGUGCUACUGGCUUACUAUAUAAGUCCACAGCCGGUCUCCGUAAAUGUGCAAUUGGCGGCGGAAUAGGUUUGGCGCUUACUUCCUUGUACGUGCUAUGGAAUGUGGCCGGCGGUGGGUCAAAAAAGCUAAAUGAUCUUAAGUCGCAGUACUUGUAAUACAGCUAAGAGGUAAUUUAAAAUUAAUGGUAAAUUUAGGAUCGUUUCCAAAUGCGCUAGAUGUGCUACACAAACAGAGUAAAAUUUUUGUCAGGUGUUCCAAACAUCUCGUUAUAAAAUGUAGUUCAGCAACGAGCAUCAACCUGGUUGUACAUUACUAUAGGUUCGUUCUGGCAGCAUGGAUCUACGGAAUGUUAGCAUAUUAUGUUUGUUUUCUGUA